CUCAAGUGCUCUCAAGGCCUAAGGCGAUCUGUGCUAGGCGUGGGGCGCAAUAGAAAAAAUCCCACCGCCCUGCCUACUCAUGGCUCGUUCGGCCAGUGCCACUGCGACUGGAGCCAUGACGCUUUCUUUGUUGCCCAGUCGUGGCCCUGUCGCAUCCUCCGACUGAUACCAAACCCCGGGCCCCACCAACCGAUUGUGUCGACUUUGCUCAUGGCCUUAUCUCGCCAGUCGUGGACAGUCACCCUCUGGCGCCCGUGGCUAGCCCUCUCACCUCUCCGGCUCGCCACUUGGUGCCUGUAG